GCCAGAGAGACGAAGGGAACGCCGGAGGAGAGAGGGAGGAGGGGACGAGGAAUGAGAGGAGAAGACGAGGAAAUGGGCAAAUAGAGCCGUGAGAACCUCUCCACGCCGAAGGGAACAAACACCUGACUCGCCAGACAACAACAGUUCUGCGUGUCGAGAUCGAGACCUCGAGGUUCUCUGGAUAGCGACGUCGGUUCCUCGAAGGCCAACAUGGACAACUCCUCCCUGCUGGACAGCUUGUUCUUUCCGCCGCUCUGCGCCGGCUGGAGCAACAACACGGAGGGCGCCGUCUACCACCUGGGCAACACCAUGCUGUUCCUGGGCUACAUGGGAGGCAGCGGCGCCCACGGGUGCCUCUUCAUCUUCGGCUUCCUGGUCCCCGCCUACGCCUGCAUGGCGGCGUGGGGCUGGCUGACGGCGUGCGGCCUGGACGUCUUCGCCUGGAGCCUGCUGCUGCUGCUGGCCUGCUCGGCCCAGAUCUGCCACCUGCUCCUCCGGCUGCACGGGGAGGGCGUCCGCGGCGAGGAGCUGAGCGCCCUCUACCAGGCGGUGUACCUGCCGCUGGGCGUGCCCGUCCAGGUGUUCAAGGACAUCGCGGGCGCCUUCGAGAACAAGGUGGUGGAGCUGAAGGCUGGAGAGACGUACGCCGUGGAGGGCAAGACGCCCAUCGACCAGCUCUCCUUCCUGCUGUCUGGGAGGAUCAACGUGUCUCUGGAGGGCCAGUUCCUGCACUACAUCCACCGCCACCAGUUCCUGGACUCCCCCGAGUGGGAGUCCGUGAGACCCAGCGAGGAGGGGCAGUUCCAGGUGACCAUUACAGCAGAGGAGGACUCCCGCUACAUCUCAUGGCGGCGCCGGCGGCUGUAUUUGGCGAUUUCGAAGGACCGCUACAUCGCCCGCGUCUUCUCCGUCAUGCUGGGCUACGACAUCGCCGAGAAGCUCUACAACCUCAACAACAAGCUCUACCUCAAAAGCGGCGUGCUGCUGGACAUCCGCCUGCCCAGCCUCUACCACGUGCUGGCCCCCUCCUCGCAGGGCAGCGAGGGCGGCAGCGGCAGCGAUGGCGGCGUCGGCAUCGGCAUCGGCAAGGAACACCUGCGGGGCGAAGACCCGGCGCCGGCCUACCAGAUGUGCAAUCCGGCCCAGUUUCAGCCCCCCCUGCAGGGACCAAGGAACCCCUGCCUGGACGAACCCCGGGCCCCCCAGCAUGAGCGCUAUCAGCACCCCUGGGCGUCAGACCCCGAUCUGCCCACCGGUGAGGACUCCACCAGCCUGGUCCUGGAGGACUUCGCUGAUGUGGCGGGCUCCUUAACGGAUUAUGGCAGUGAGAGGGAUUAUUUGAGGUAGAGGGGCACAGUGCUGCAGCUAACACACGGGGUCACCACUUAAGCUACGCGAAGUGGUAAAGACGUCGCUGUUCCGCCUCGAUUCCAGCGAGGCCGAGCGCCGCUGGCUCCCACCGACACUCCCAAACUGUGAGAACAGUUCCUCCUGGAAAACACGACAUCUUCUCCAGCGAAGCAGCGUUUACGACGCCGUCUCCUCCUCGCUCUUCGUCUUCGUCCUCGCUCUUCGUCCUCGCUCUUCGUCUUCGUCCUCGCUCUUCGUCCCUGCUCGUCUUCCUCGCUUCACAUCACCGGCCCUGAGCGUGAAGAAGGACUUUUUUUCCGAUGUGGAAUGUUUUCUGGUCAAGGUUUAAAGUCUCUCCGGAGCUCUGAAACCUGCCUUGACAUCACAAAGACAGCGGGACCCGACACAUUUAUUCAAUUAAAAGUGAAACAUCGAGAAAGUUUUAGUGAUCAGGGCAUUUGCAAAAAUGUAUAAUUUAACCAAAGAAGUGCUUUUCAGUGUGUUUCUGUAGCUGCUGUUGGAAACAAACGUCUGUCCGAUCAAAGAUGGACGCUUGCAGAUAAUCUGUAUCCAACGUUUAAUAAAUUAAAUUAAAUCUGAAUUAAAUUCUACUUGGGGGACGACCUUAAAUAUUAUUCCAUGUUAUAAAAAUGGAUUUGGUUUCAUCUCAUUUAUAUCUCAUAUUGUUUGAUUUGGAUUUCACGGUUUCUUUUCCACUUAUAAGAGUAUUGAUAUAACUAUAAUGUACUUCACAUUUUCUGGAUCUGACUGAUUGAUCGACUCAUGUCUGCAUUAUACGUAACAUAUUUAGUUUUGUGUACUUCUCGAGAUCUUUCCAGACAUGUAUGAACAGUUGAGAUUUUCUCUAUUUCACUUUCAUAUUUAUUUUAUUUAUCCGAAUGCACCAUGACCCGACGCCAUCUGGAGGUCGACCUCUUACUUUUUCUUUAUUUAAUCACAUAUCGACCUUGUUUUAAAAUAAAUGUUUGUAACUAAUUGAGUAUUUCAUACACACAUGUGAACUGUGAAUUUCAUUAUUUGUCCUGUUAUCGACUUAUACAGAGAAGGGACUAAAGUGAGGAGGU